UCGGGUCCGCAAUUUCUGUGUCCGCGCCUUAAAAAACUUGCUGUGUUUGUUAAACUAAACUAGAAAGACAUUUUCAAUCCACGGACUUAUGCGUUGCUGUAGUUUAGUCUGGAAUUGAACGUAAUCUCCAGUGCAGAGCGUUUGAAGUUAGAGAAAGUGUGCUGAGGUGCUGCUGAAUUUACACUCGAACGAAGAUGGUGGACAAAUUGGUAAACAGCGAAGCAAAUGCUCGGCGAAUACAAAUGGUAGAAAAUUGUUUCGGAACAUCAGGUCAACCUCUGUUUCUGCCGGGUCGUGUGCUUGUUGGCGAAGGGGUUUUAACGAAGAUGUGCCGCAAGCGUCCGAAGGCACGGCAAUUCUUCCUUUUCAAUGACAUCCUUGUGUACGGCAACAUAGUAAUCGGCAAGAAAAAAUAUAAUAAACAACAUCUUAUUCCGCUGGAGGAAGUUCAACUCCAAGCCUUGGAAGACAACGGACAAUAUCGCAACGGUUGGCUGAUACGUACGGCAACUAAGUCGUUUGCAGUAUACGCGGCAACACAAACUGAAAAGCAAGAGUGGAUGGCUCACAUUAAUAAGUGCAUCGAAGAUCUGCUUCGAAAAAGUGGCAAAAAACCUGUCGAAACACAUGCUGCCGUAUGGGUUCCGGAUAGUGAGGCUACAAUAUGUAUGCAUUGUAAAAGGACACAGUUUACUAUGUUAAACAGACGGCAUCAUUGUAGAAAUUGCGGUGCAGUCGUGUGCGGCCCAUGCUCUUCGAAAAAGUUUUUACUGCCAGGACAAAGCAGUAAACCGCUUCGCGUUUGUUUGGACUGCUAUGAUAAUCUAACUGCUAUGAAAAGAGAUGGGAGUAAACCACUAGUGGCUAAUAACAGCAAAACAGGCAACUCUCCGGAGAGUUCCGGGGAAGACGACACUGGUGAUGAAGAUGAUCACGUUAAAGACAACAAUGCGCAUGAUGAACCAAGAUUCUACAGUGAUGAUAGACUCGAAAAAUAAUAUUUGUUGCAGCAAUGGAGUCGCCGUCAACUUCUAAAGUGGGUCUUUUGCAGCGACAUUGUGAAUAUUGCUGGAAACGUUUUUCGUCAAUCAUCACACUCAAAGUUCUUCAGUGUCAGCAUUGAUUCCACAAUUUAUAACCAGAUUCUGCGCCGCUUUAAGGCAUCAUAUUUAUAUUCGCGUAGCCCUUUAUAUAUCAGAGGUUCGAUGACGAGACGAAGUGAGAUAUGAAGGCGAUUUUUUAAACGAUGAGAUGGUCGAAGAGAUAUCGAACGGUUUAUUAAGUUUAUUAUUACUACACAGUUCAGACAACACAGUAGCGCUGAACAAUUUAUACUUCAACAACUUUUGGUUUAAAAUAAAUGUUUAUAGUAACUUCCUUUCAUUGGUUAUUUUUAAGUUAUUAUAUUAUAUAUUAUUAUAGUUGCUACAAGUCAGCUCUUGCGUGGAAAAAAAGAAUAUUGUUUUAAGAAAAACAUAAGAAUGUAAAUGCAAUUCUAUAAUAGCAAUGAUUGAAUAUGUUCUUGGAAUGCAACGCAUAGAAAAUCAAUAUCGUCAAUUUUGUUUUGUUCACAAAACAAGAUAAAAUA